UUAAGUUUUUUUUUCUCAUUACAACCAGAGACCAAACAUUUGGCGGGAAGAGCCACACCGCCUCCACCGCCGGGAAAUUGCUAACGGCGAAAUCCAGAUGCUACGCUUUCGCCUAUGGGUUUCUCCGGUUAAGAGGCUUACGUUUCAACAGAGACGCGUCCACCAUGGUGACGUGUCCAUGACAUCUCCUCAUUACGCCGCAUCGAUCCCGAGCCUCCGCCUCCUAAGCAAUUGCAAGAACAUCGAUUCACUGCGGAAAGCUCACGGCAUCUUAACGGGGAAUGGACUCAUGUCUGACAUCUCUUGCGCCACUAAGCUCGUGAGUCUCUACGGUGCGUUUGGGUGUACUAAAGACGCACGCUUGGUGUUCGAUCAAAUUCCUAAACUAGAUUUCUAUUUACGGAAAGUCAUGCUCAGCUGUUAUCACCAGAACAGAGAGACUCUCCGAGUCGUAAAGUUUUACUCUUUGAUGAGGAAACACUGUGUAGAUAACAUUGUUUUCUCCAUAGCGUUGAAAGCGUGUACCGAGAUGCAUGAUUUGGGUAACGGGAAGAAGAUACAUUGCGAUAUCGUUAAGGCGCGAGGCUGUGAUGAUGAUAUUGUGUUGACGGGUCUUGUGGAUAUGUAUGCUAAGUGUGGAGAGAUCGAGAGUUCUUGUAGAGUUUUUGAAGGUAUUGGCUCGAGGAAUGUGGUUUCCUGGACUUCGAUGAUUGCUGGGUAUGUGAAGAACGGAUUGCACGAAGAAGGGUUGGGUGUGUUUAAUCAGAUGAGGGGGGACUCUGUUUCUGGUAAUGAAGUUACGUACGGUACUCUUGUGACGGCUUGUGGAAAGCUCGGUGCUUUGCAUCAAGGGAAGUGGCUUCAUGGUUGUUUGGUUAAGAGUGGGAUUGAGCUUGGAUCAUGCUUGGUGACAUCUCUGUUAGAUAUGUAUGUUAAAUGUGGUGAUGUAAGCAAUGCGCGUCGGGUGUUUGAUGACUAUUCUCAUGUGGAUCUCGUCAUGUGGACGGCUAUGAUUGUGGGGUACACACAUAACGGAAGUGCCAGCGAGGCUCUGAGCUUGUUUCGGAAAAUGAAAGUGGUUGGAAUCAAGCCUAACUGUGUCACCAUUGCGAGUGUCUUCUCGGGUUGCGGUCUGGUUGGGAAUCUUGAACUGGGGAGAUUAGUUCAUGGCCUAUCCAUCAAAGCUGGUCUUUGGGAUACUAAUGUUGCGAACGCUCUGGUUCACAUGUAUGCAAAGUGUUAUCAGAAUAGAGAAGCUAUGUAUGUGUUCGAAAUGGAGUCGGAGAAAGACUUAGUUGCUUGGAACUCUAUCAUAUCCGGUUUUUCACAGAACGGAUCUGUCCAGGAAGCUUUGUUUCUGUUCCAUCGUAUGAUUUCAGAAUCUGUGACGCCUAAUGGUGUAACAGUUGCGAGUCUCUUCUCAGCCUGUGCUUCCCUCGGGUCACUAGCCUUAGGUUCCUCUCUUCAUGCUUAUUCACUGAAACUGGGGUUCUUGGCAUCAUCCAGUGUUCAUGUUGGUACUGCGCUCUUGGACUUCUACGCCAAAUGUGGGGAUGCUGAAUCUGCUCGUACUGUAUUCAACACUAUAGAGGAGAAAAACACAAUCACAUGGAGUGCUAUGAUCGGUGGCUAUGGAAAGCAAGGGGACAGAGAAGGGUCUAUUGAGCUAUUUGAAGAGAUGCUCAAAAAGGAGCAAAAGCCAAACGAGUCAACCUUCACAUCUAUUUUAUCAGCUUGUAGUCACACGGGGAUGGUCAACGAAGGGAAGAAGUACUUCAACGCAAUGUACAAAGACUACAAAUUCAAGCCUUCCACAAAACACUACACAUGUAUGGUUGAUAUGCUAGCACGAGCAGGUGAGCUUGAGCAAGCCUUGGACGUGAUCGAGAAGAUGCCAAUUCAACCAGACGUGAGAUGUUUUGCAGCGUUUCUCCAUGGAUGUGGAAUGCAUUCGAGAUUUGAUCUUGGGGAGAUUGUGAUCAAGAAGAUGCUCGAUUUGGAUCCUGAUGAUGCCUCUUAUUACGUCCUUGUGUCUAAUUUGUAUGCAUCGGAUGGAAGAUGGAGCCAGGCUAAAGAAGUGAGGAAUCUGAUGAAGCAAAGAGGUUUGAGCAAGGUCGCAGGACAUAGCACAAUGGAAACAGAGUUGUCUCAUAGCUUUUCUGGAUGAACAAAGAAUCAUAUAUACACAAAAAGCAUUCUUGGAUAACGUUGAUUUGUUUUUUAGUGUACAGAGCAAGAACAGUUGUGUUGACUACAUCGACGAGGAUAUAUAUAAAAUAACCAACAGUGAACUAACAGCUCUGGGCGAUGCUAUGAUUCUUGCCUUGUUGUGUGGUCUUAAAGCUCAAAUCUUGCUUCCAUCUUAAUCCUCAUCUUGUGAAUCAAAAGGAACUUCAUGCCGAGGUUUGUUGUACUUCUCACGCAGUUGUUGGAUUGGGAUGAAAUCUCCAGCUGUAUCCGCACCAUAGAAGAGGAAAGAAAUGUAUGGAUGAUCAAACCUUUCCUGCAGAAACCACAAACAAACAUGAGUCAAAAGAACAUUGCAAUGGAGAUGGGGGUACACAACGAGACGACAAGCCUGCUCACUUUGUCCGGUUUCUCAGGAGCUAAUAGACUGUCUUCAGGAACUGCAAUAUCAGAUCCACAAGUCACGUGACAAUGAUAUAAUAUUCACUUGUUAAUAUUCACUUGGAGCUUACCGUAUGCCACUAGUAGAUCAGGGUGGGUGCGAACAUCGACAAGAACCUGCUAGGCACAAGCAAGAAGGCUUAGCAUACUUGUCUUCUUCUGUAUAUAUGGUUUAAAUAGCCUUUAGAUUGAUCAUGUGUAUUUGAAUGCGCUCCAUAUAUUAUUAGUUUUAAGCUACUUUUUUUUUCUA